UGCGACCAAACAGGACGGGCUUCUCGCCGCCGAUCCUUCCGUGCCGUGCCACCCCACUCGCGGUACCCUCAUCGCCCGCGGUUUCUUCCCUUCCUCGCGGAAGCCACCAUUCCAUCCGCCACGCUUCAAGCAACCGCUCACCUCCCCAACCCCCACCACCGCUCUCACCAACCAACACCCCCCAAUCGGAAGCCAUCACCCCCCGGGCCGGGCGCCUCCUCCUGCUGCUGCUGCUGACGACGCGCGGUGCUGGUGUUGGUGGCGGGGGGUGGAUGCCGCGGCGGACGGCAAGCAGCGCCGCGGCCAGGGCGAAAGACGCGUCCGGCGGCGGCGGCGGCGGUGGCGGAAUGGAGUGGGACCUGGAGCGGGAGAUGCUGCUUAUGGCGGCCGGCGGCGAACACCUGAAGCAGCAGCCGUCGCGGCGACCGUUCGCCGCCGACCUGCUCCAGAACUGCGACCUGCCCCCUCCCGCGAAGCUCUUCGGCCCGCUCCCCACUCUGCAAAGGUUGGAGAACGCGGCGGUGGGGACGACCACGGAUCGGAAGAGCGGUGACGGCGACGGCGGCGGCGGCGACCGCCUUAUGCGAGCGCUGCUGCUGUCGCAGUCGCGGGCGCGGGAGGCGGAGGAGAAGCUGGCGGCGGCGGGGGCGAGCAACGGCGAGCUGUCGGCGCUGCUGGUGCGGGACUCGGUGCUGCUGUCGGCGCACCGCCGGUGGGUGAUGAUGCUGGAGGCCGAGAACUCCACGCUCAGAGGAGGAGCAGCUGGAGUCAACCGCUCGGCCGUGAAAGGCGACGGCAAGGAGGAGGAGGAGGAGGGGGACAGCGCCCGGCGCGGGAUCGCCGCGUGGUGGCUCGCGCUCGCCGUCUGCGUCGGCAUUGCUGGCGUCGGCCUCGCCAUUGGCAAGCUCCUCCUCUGAAAACUAACUUGUAAAGGGAAUACUUCUUUUCACAUUUUGCGAAGGGAAAACUGCACAUUGGAUGAUCAAAUGUCAGGUAUUUCCAUGCGAUUUCGUUAUGCUACGAAAAUACUUAGCAAAAAUGCUGCUAGCAUCUGGAUUCUGGAACAUGUCGAUGAUUAGGAAUCACUUGUAAAUGAACAGAGGGGAAGGUUAGUAGAUUGUGGCUGGUUGUGGCGUUUGUGUAGAUAGGAUUAUUAUCAAGCAAAAUUGGCAUCAUUUCUGCUAUUUCUAGAGAGAAGCUUGGAAGAUGGGAGAACGGGCUGGAACUGGAUGAUGCCGUAUCCAUCGAUGCACGCUACCACGAUUGCUUGCAGUAUACGCUUCUGAAGUAGGAGUAUCUUAGUUUGGGCAAUCGGAAGUCAUCAAGGGAAUAUUCAAGUAGAUUAUCUGCUUAUCUUGAUCCAGUCAUCCUGGUACCGUGAGCAAUACAUACAUCUUAGCAUUGCUGUUUUGAGUUCCAAAUUAACCCAAGCAAAUUGUAGCAUUGCUAUUAUGGACUCAGCAUGGUUAUUCACAUUAGGACUAUUAUGCCUAUGCUGAUACGAUGUGUGUAUUGAUAGCGAGGUGUUGACUAGUCUAUACGAUGUAAUCAUAAUAUGUUUUACUCCUCCUGUUUCAAAUUUAUGCAAUUUUAGGUUAUUUAAU